GAGACUGGUGCUCCAGCAGCAGAGGUUGCGGCUGCUCUUGCGCAGGCUGGGCAUUGGCGUCUGGUGCAACAGGGCACUCUGGCCGCACUGCAAGCCUUAGGGGAUCGCCUCGUGGAUUCCCUGCUGGCAGGAGUUCUCCCUGGACAGGCCCCCCGGACAGUGGAUUCCUUGCCUGUGGCUACCUACUGGGCUGCGCCGAGCGUCCUGGAGACAAACGCUUCGCAGAGCAGGACUGGGAUUGCUUCGCUGGCGCUCGACUCUCUGGGCAC